ACUCUUCCCUUUCACACUCAUCAUCUCUCUUUUAUUGAUUACCUCUUAGCUCAACCAACAAAACUAAUAUCAGUAAACUCUCAUUGUGAUCUUCUGUUUUUUUCUCAAGAACACACAAAAAUGUCAAUUCUUGUUUGUCAAGCUCAAGAAAAAAUCGUCACCAAAAGUUUCUCCCAGAAAGGGGACAUGGGUGGGUUGAGUUUCCUACAAUCUAUGUCCGAUAUCACUUCCAUUGUCCGAACCAGAGAGGACAAAGCUUAUGUUCACCCGACCGAGAAACGCUCUGUUUCUCAGCUUAAUGAGAAAAGCCUAGAGAUGUGCACUGAGAGCCUCGGAGGCGAAACAGGAAGCGAGAGUGGUGACGAGUUGACCUUACUUGCGCUUGAAGCAACCGCUAUAUCUAGGGCUCAUUCGAAACCUCAAGAAGAAGAAAAGGACGCUGACUUUCGUGCCAAGAAAGCAACGAUGAGUCGCAGCAAAAGCUUCCCGCCACCGAUAAAGUUCGUUAAAGAAUCAAGGUAUAAUCGCAUGGUGAGGUCGUUAGGAGAAGAUGGUCGUCUCGUUGUUCAAGCAAUUAGGGUUUCUUCUCCGCCACGUAACUUCGUAGCGGAGCGUGAGGAAGGAAGGCUCCGUCUCUGUUUAUCCCCGGAAAGUUCUUUAAUUAGGCGUAAUCAUGAGGAAGAGGAAGAAACAGAGGAGGAAGAAACAGAGAACUUGGAGGGUAAACAUGGAAAUAAAAAGUCAAGCAGAUUAAGCAGCAGGUGCAAGGAGAAUGGUCGUGAGCCUAAACCAAUGCUUACUUGGGAGCAGCAGCAGUUUUGGGUAGCCACUUAAGUAAAUAAUUUUUAAAUAUGAGUUUCUUAAUCUUAGCUAAUAUAUAUAUAACCUAUGUGUUUUCCUAUGAUUUCUUGAGGGUGCUGGGAGUGGAGUGUUUUCUAAUUGUAUUUAGUGUAAUGUUAAAUGAGAGUUGUUAUUAUUAAUUAUGUCAUUAUUCUUCUUAUUA